AAUGCUGGUAUCUGGCUUUUGUGUACAUGACUGGAACGUAUAGACUGUACAUACGGUCGUGGUCUGUCGAUAUUCUUACGAAUGCACGGUCUUAUUCAAGAACAUUGAGUUUUCGACAUGACUCGUGGUUUCAAUCGGUUCGCAGAGAUUCUCCGUACCAAGGAAUGUCCGGGAGAUCUGUGUGCGAGUUAGAUACCGAAUACCGCAGGUCUGACAUCAUUUACACAGGCGCUAGACAAUUACGAUCAGGUUCCACCUACCCCAUGCCCGUUCCUGCGACCCCGCAUUAGCCUACAUACGCUUGGGUAAACAGUAGGUGGGGACCCCAGCCUCAAUGUCAGGAUAUGAAUUGACUCAAGGCACACUAUCAAAAAUUCUCACAUGUUUGAACUGCAUCCACUAUGGCACGCAAUAUUGUGUUUUCUGUUAUUUCUGCUCUUUACAUCUUUUCUUCGCUUUCAUUCUUGGCUUCUGCUGCAACGAAGAGGCCAUGGGAUGCUUACAACUACAGUCCAGCAUCACGGACUGUCAAACCCGUCGCUGUACACUCUCAGUCUGGGAACGUAACGACCUCAGUUGGUACCGAUGGAACCUAUCACCUCACUUCUGGCAGCCGAAUCAGCCUUGACUUUGGUGUUGAGGUUGGAGGAUGGAUUAAUCUCAAUGCCAUUGUCGCCAACUAUACAAACACCUCCACACCGCAGCUAUCCCUAGCAUUCGCAGAGUCUCCAGCAUUCGUCCGCGCCAUCUCCGACGAUACCGGCGCAACACCCACCCAAGACUGGGACCAAGCUCUGAACGUCACUCUGACCGGCGGCUCAACAUUCUACACCAUCCCUACUGAAAAGUUCCGUGGAGGUUUCCGCUUCCUAACCAUCAACGCUCUUGCGCGCAUCGAAGUUUCUAACAUAACAUGCACAAUCGGCUUCGCACCACACACGCCAGACCUACGCAACUACGGCGGCCAUUUCUACACGCCCGACGAUGAUCUUUUAAUGAGGACCUGGUACGCCGGCGCCUACACCGUUCAAACCAACAUCGCACCGAAGGACACUGGACGCUGGCUGCCCCAAGUCCGGCCUGGAUGGGCCUACAACAACAGCAUCGGUGUCACAGGUCCUAUCCUCGUUGACGGCGCGAAGAGAGACCGAGCAAUCUGGCCCGGCGAUCUGGGGAUUCAAGGUGCGACGGCUUUUCUUGCGCUUGGUGGUGAUGGCCUGGAGUCAGUUCACAAUGCGUUGGACACUCUCUUCUUCUACCAGAAUGCUACGACGGGACGCUUCCCUUUCGCUGGUCCUGCGACAGGGAGUUUCAGAAACGGGGCCGAGAGCGAUACGUAUCACGCGUGGAGUCUGAUUGCGAUGCACAACUACGCUAUCUGGACGUCCGACUUCUCGUGGUUGGAGACACACUGGUCGAAUGUCACGCGAGGCCUAGAGUUCAUCCUGCGCGGGCUGGAUAACGAAGUUGGUCUGCACAUCCAAACGCGUCCGAAUGACUGGGCGCGCCAGGGCGGAGGCGGGUACAACAGCGCCCUGAACGCACUGGACUAUGCCGCGCUAUCCUCGUUCUCCUCGCUCGCAGCCUCGCUAUCCUCCUACAACCGUGACCGCAGCGAGCUUGCAUCAAACGUGUCAUUGCUGGAGCAGAGCCAGAUAUGGAGCACCGCCGCUGCACGACUCAAGGCAGCAUACAACACCCUCCUCUGGGACCCAUCCUCCCACCUAUACCGCGACAACACCACCACCUCCCUUUUCCCCCAAGACGGAAACGCCCUCGCCCUGCUGUACAAUCUCACUUCCUCCCCGUCCCGCGCCACCGCGCUUUCCACCGCGUUAACGACUUUCCAUGGUCCCAUCGGUCCCCUCACGCCCGAGUUACCAGACACGAUCAGCCCGUUUGUUUCCAGCAUCGAAGUCCUAUCCCACUUCGCCGCCUGUCGACCCGCGCGUGCUCUAAACCUAACACGCACACUGUGGGGGUAUUUAUUGGAUAGUCCGCUGAUGACGGGGAGUACGUUAGCAGAGGGGUUGAGUGCGAAUGGGUCGUUGUACUAUAGGGGCAAUGCAGGAUACAAAUCCGACGCGAGCUACACGAGUCUGAGCCACGGCUGGUCGAGCGGACCUACCGUCGCUUUGACGUCUUACGUCGCCGGCUUGGAGAUUGUGGGCUGGAAGACGUGGACGUUCGCGCCACAAAGCGAUGGCCUCAUACGCAAUGUCGACGCUGCGUUUUGGGGUCCGAUGGGUACGUUUGCCGUGCGCUGGACGAUCAGCAAUGCUGGGUCGGGCGGGAGAUUUGAUUUCAGCGGUGAUAUCACGACGCCGGUGGGGAUGAGGGGGACGGUCGAGUUGGUCUGGAAGUGUGAGGCGGUUGAGGUGGAUGGGGAGGUAUAUAGGGGUGAGGUUCUGGAUGGGGGUGGGGAGAGGAGGGUUAGAGCGAGGGGGUGUGUGGGGGAUGAGGAAGACUGA